UUUACAGAGACUGGACUAUGGUCUAGGGACAGCCGAGCCACAAAGGAGGAGCCUUGCCUAUCAGGAUGGGGCAAUAGCUGGUCAGAUAAAGUCUACCCAGAGAGAGGUGGUAAAUACUUGUUUUCAGUCAUCAGCUACAAGAAGUUAAGCUCUGGAAGUUAGCUGCUCCAACUAGGGACGUGCUGAGUGAGACAGGACCACCUCAUUCCUCUGCUGCUUGCCAAACAGGGCUGUCCUGAGGACCCACCAUGAUUCAGGCUGCAUUGUUUCUUGGCUGUAUCUUACUGUCCCCAGUGACCGCCUUUCCAUGGAAGACUCAGAAUGGUGGCCUGCCAGCUGUCACAGAAACCGAGCCCACAUCAAAUGUGCUCCCCAACAAGAUUCCUCCUCCAACCCCAGUACCUGUCAGAACCUCUUGGACAUGGUGCCCCCUGCAACUCCCCUGUCUGAGUACUUGUCCCUCUUAGCACUAAGAGUUGUCCUGGAAAACAUUGGCUGCCCCGCUGAGGCCCAUGCUCUGCAGCUUCGGCUCAGUGAAAUGGGAGGAAAAGACAACACAGAAACCCUGGUCCUCCAGAGUCAAAAGCUUGGCCAGGAGGAAGGAAUUGGCAAUAAUGAAGUCAUUCUGAGGCAUCUGGUGCCAUCCCCUGGGGAAAUGAGGAGGGUCCGGCGUUCAGUUACCCUGCCUGAAGCGUGUACCUCUGAACCCGGGUGGGUGAGGUACGAGACAGCCCAGGUGCUGGUAGAGAUGGUGGAGAAGCUCCCUCCUGUUGACGUGGUAAGAGAGUUCAAGGCCUCUGCAGUCAAUGUCACCCAGCAGUGUACCAUGGAGUCUUGGGCACGUUUGAAUGAAGUAGCCACGAGGCUGAUGAGUAGCCCAGAACUUAAAGACGCCGCAAUUCCUGUAGAAGAUAGAGUAUAAUUCAUUGCACGACUUGCAGUCAUUUUGAAGCGUAUGUUCGUGAACCUCGUGUGGGAAUAUUUUCAGACCUAUUUUGGAUAGACAAGGCCUCCUAGGCAUGGCUUGGACUUUCUCAUAGCCCUUUAGUAGGUGUGCACACAGCAGCUGCCCAAGGUGUGUAGCUAGAUGCUAGCUGCAUUUUACAAUUAAUAAAUUGUCUUCCUUUGAUCCUCAUGUGUGAAGACACUUCAUGACUGCAGUCUUUCAAUUUCUAAAUGCUAUGGGUAUUGCAAUUUCCCUCUUUACCUGCUUAAUGCUUUUUAAUUCCUGAGCUGAAUUCUGUGCCUUGGUUGUAUUCAUCUUAAUUUGUUUUGGGUUAUUAAGGGAAGGAAGGUUUGUUGCUUUGUUUUGUUUUGUUUUGUUUUAUUUUGUUUUUGAGA